UCACACGGAUCAGUUUCAAAUUAGUACUGCUUGUAGACGGAUCGUUUCGGUUCAACAGUUCAACGGCAGUAGUGUGGUGUCCGUAGUAAAUUUUUCAUCGGUGCGCCGUUUUUUCCUCCUUCAACUUUUCACUGAGACACUGAGAGGCACGACAAUGCUUAAGCUCACGUUGGCCGCUGUUGCUGGGCUGCUGUGCGCGGUUCAGUGCAUCAAGGUCGAUUAUUACGGUUCACUCUAUCGGCCAGACGAGUUGCACGCACCGUAUAAGGGACCCGAAGAGCCCAAGCAGGACUUCAACAAGAUUCCGGGCGUACCCGGAGUGGACUAUCCGAUCUACCACGAGGUGCCCCAUACGAGCUUCAGCUGCGAUCAUGUUCCGGCGGUACCCGGAAUGUACGCCAACGUUGAAACCGGUUGCCAGGCGUACCACACUUGCCACGAUGGACGCGAGGGUCCCCAGGGGGCUUCGUUCCUGUGCACCAACGGUACGCUCUUCAACCAGAAGGAGUUCGCCUGCGAUUGGUGGUACAACGUCAAAUGCGAGGAGGCACCCAGUCUAUACAGCUUGAACGCUGAUCCCGCCCACAAUCCGUUCGUUCCGAAGCCAAAACCGGAGGACGAGCUGCUGCACAAAAAGUUCCUGAUUCACGUUUAGGAGGAUUUGUUUUUGUCCGGUUUCUCGACUUCGUUCUUGUUUCAUUUCAUUUUAACUGUAAAUAUUUUCAUUGUUUUAAUUUUUUUGGUAAAACUUUUUGAAGAAGAUUAAGUUGCAGAAGGUGACUUUAUGUUGAUCCUUUCUUUGUAGCUCAUUUGUGGCGUUUUUUUGGUAAUUUUCACUUGUGUUGUAGGCUGUUGCAAAAUCUUAGAUUCACCCUGAAGAGAACGUCGAGUAUUUGUUGUAAAUAGUGAAAAUAAAAGCACGAUUGGGAAGCGUU